AUGACCGAACUGGAAACAACGUUACCAUCUCUGAGAUUUACGGGAAAAUCACUUUAUCCACCGGUGGGAAAAUCUGUGGUGGUUGUGGAGUCUCUUGAUAAAGCAAGAACCAUUAGAAGUUAUCUUGGUGGCAUGUAUGAAGUUCUUUCAUGCAAUGGACUUGUAAUGGACUUGGAUCCAGGUCAAAAUUCUGCGAGUCUGGACAAUGAUUUUUGUUUGUUUUGGGAAAUUUCAAAUUCAUCCCAAACUCGUGUGAAGAGGAUCUCUGCUGCACUUAAGGGGGUCAACAAUCUUAUCUUUGCAUUUGAUCCUAGCCCUGAGGGUGAGACUAUUGCUUGGCAGAUUAUCCAUAUUUUAAGAAAAAAGCAUAGAUCUCUGCAGGAAGAUAUCCUUCUCGCUAGAGUGGUUUUCAAUGAAAUUACUGAACAAUCCAUUAAAGCUGCUUUGCAAGAACCUAGAGAGAUUGACAUGAAUUUGGUAAAUUCUUACCUUGCAAAGAGGGUCAUUGAUUUUUUAUUUGGGUUUAACAUUUCCCCGUUAGUACUGAGGAAAUUACCAAGUUGCAAAUCCCCUAGAAGAUUUGAAUUCCCUGCUCUUUCUCUUCUAUGUGAUAGAGAAUCAGAAAUUAACUCAUUUAGAUCCAGGGAAUAUUGGACACUGUACCCCCAAUUGCAGAGAACAAACAGGGAUCUACCAUUUCGGACCCUACUCACACAUAUUGAUUCAAGGGAAUUGAAUAAGUUUUCAGUUGCUUCUGUUGAAGAGGCAAAUGAGAUUCAAAGCAGAAUAUACUCUGCUCAGUUUCAGGUCAUUGGUAUUACAAGAUCAAAAAUUUCUAAAAUGUCUCCCACGCCUUAUUCGACUUCAACUCUUCAGCAGGAUGCAGCAAGAAUAUUGAAUUUCUCUUCGAGUAUCACAAUGAAGAUUGCUCGGAAACUCUAUGAGGGAGUUAAAUUCCAUAAGAAUAUCCGAGCCGGUCUGAUAACGUGCUUCAUAACUGACGGACUUCAUAUCUCUGAGGAAGCUGUUUCGGAUAUUCGAUCCGUUAUCAUUCAAAGGUACGGACAAAAUUUUGUUGCACAAAGUCCACCGGAGAACGUUAUAAAGGUGAAAAAUGCACUAGAAUCCCAUGAAGCCAUCAGACCUACUGACAUACGCAAGUUACCAUCGAUGCUGGCUGGGGUGUUAGAUAAAGAAUCUUUGAAGCUAUACACACUGAUUUGGUUCAGAACAAUCUCAUGUCAGAUGGAACCGGCUAUUCUUGAAAAGAUACAAGUUGAUAUUGGAAAUUCUGAUCAGUCUAUCCUGUUACGGUCUGCUAGCUCAAGGGUCGAGUUUCCUGGGUACCGGACAGUUUUUACGGGCAUUGUCACCGAAGAUGGACAAUAUAGAGAUAGUGACGAUUCCAAUCAUGAUCUAGCUUUUGGCAUUGAAGAGGGACAAUAUAGAGAUAGUGACAGGUCCAAUCAUGAUCUAGAUUUUGACAUGCUAAGUUCUGUGAAGAGAGAGGACGUGUUUCAUGUUGUUCAAAUUGAGGCGGGUCAACACCAUUCCCAACCUCCACAACGUUACUCCGUAGCAUCAUUGGUUAAUAAGCUUGACGAAAUUGGGAUCGGAAGAGCGGCAUCAUAUGCACAAACAUUACAAGGAUUGCAGGAUGGAAACUACGUGAAAGUAAAAAACUGUGUUCUUACUCCCAAAUUUCGUGGCCGUGCGGUGUCUGCUUUUUUAUCACAUCAUUUUUCAGAGGUUACAGACUACAGUUCCACUGCUGCCAUGGAGUUUGAGCUUGAUAAUGUUUCUGCUGGAACCACCAAUUGGAAAAGCCUUGUUCGUGAUUAUUCGACACGGUUUAAAACAUGUUGUGAGCGUACUUCUAAUGUUCAUAUUCGCCAGGUUGAAGAGAUGUUACAAAACAAAUUUGCGGAUUAUUUAUUUGGUUCACUCCCAGACCAGAGUCGGUUGUGUCCAAGUUGUAUGGAAGGCACACUGACAUUUAAAGUACGUAGACUUAGUGCUGCUGGCUACUGUAUAGGCUGUGAUCAACAUCCUAGGUGCACGUACACUGGGAAAACAUUAUAUAGUGACGAGGAGGAGGAAGAUACACCUCAGCCAAACACUAUAAGAGAGGAACCAAAGAGCAUGACAAAUUCGUUGGCAAGUAUUGCACGAAUGAAUGUAAAUUUACACUCCUUUCCGAUCCAUGAAAAUACUGUCACUUUGAGCUGCCCAUCAUCCGGCCCAAGUAAAAAAUGCUAUGUCUAUCUUGUGCCUGUUGUACAUACCAAAGAGAAGUCAAGAAGAGACGUGGAAACUGCAUUGUAUCAUUUGCGACCUCAGUCGGUGUUCCUUGAAUGUUAUUUGGAACCCAAAUUUUAUUCAUACUUCCAUGAGGGCUGUGAACAAGGGUAUGCCUUUAAGAUUGCGAAAGCAUUGGAGAUGGAAAUCAUUUUUGGCGAUAUCUGCGACCGUAGCUUGAAGACAUGUGAAGAUAGAAAGUUAGAUGAACUACGUCUGAGAUACGGAUUUGAAAAAGACAAUGAUAUGGAGUUGAGAGAUAUGGUCAUGAUAUGGCUUUUUACGACGUCCGAGACUUGUAAGUUUAGUGUUUAA